AUGGCAGAAACAUUUAUCUUGUAUGUUUUCACAGAUUCAGGCCAUCCCUCUGAACUGAGGAUUGUUCUGGUGGGGAAGACUGGAUCAGGGAAGAGUGCAACAGGAAACACCAUCCUGGGGAGAAAGUCGUUUAGAGAAGCCUUCACCGCUGAGUCUGUCACUGAUCACUGUGAGAAACAGAGUGGAGUGGUGGAUGGGAGGAAGACUGAUGUCAUCGACACCCCGGGGCUCUAUGACACAAAACUGUCUAAAGAAGAGAUGGAAAGUGAAAUAGAAAAGGCCAUCAACAUGUCAGUCCCAGGACCCCACGCCUUCCUGCUGGUGAUCAGACUGGGGAGGUUCACAGAGGAGGAGAGGAACACUGUGAAGUGGAUCCAGGAGAACUUUGGAGAAGAAGCAUCAAAGUACACCAUCAUUCUGUUCACCGGUGGAGACCAGCUGGAGGACAUAUCAGUGGAGGACUUUGUGAAUGAGAGUGAGGAGCUUAUGAAACUCGUCAAGGUCU